AUGUCUACCGCUGUGAACAGCUAUUCUAUAUCGUCACCACCACCUGCUUCAGUCCCUCCAAUGCCAACUUCUACUGCUUCUGCUGGUUCGGAUGACAGGAGAAGAAGCGCUUUUGACGACCUUUUACUUUUACCAUCUUUCCCGUCUCAAUUUUCCAAUACUCAAAGUUAUUCCUGUUAUUCUACUAGGCAGUUGCCGCCAACGCUACCAACAGCGGGACGCCCAUUGGGAGAAGAAUGGCAACGGAAAUACAGUACUGCUCCUGCAUCACCUCAUCAUCAUAGUUAUGCGGUUACUCCCAAAAAUUCACCAUCUGUCUCUAAGGCUCAAUUAGCAACACCAGUUACAGUUAAUCGUCACGGACAAGAUGCACUACCUUCUCUAAGACAUUUACAACUAUUACCAGAUCCAAGAAUUCAAGAAUAUGCAUACAUGUAUCCUGAUACUUCUGAAUUUACACCAUGGUGGAAGAGAAAUCUAAUGCAUUGGUGUAAAUCAACAAAUUAUCAUUCUUAUACAAAGAUAGUCCAUGAAGUUUCUCAUGAUAGGACUCAAUUAUCGGCACUUUUAAGAGGUACACAUUCAUCAACGCCACAACAAAACCAACAACAUCAAAAUGAACACCAGCAAUAUCAAUUUCAGCAACAUCAACAACAGCAACAUCAAUAUCAGCAUCAACAACAUGUCCCAUCUGUUUUAGAACCAAAGGAUACUUUUAAAGAAUUAUCAAAUAGUGCUUCGGCACCAAUGACGCCACCAAUGAGCCCCGGUCAUGAUGAAAAUUUAGGAUCUUCCAAUUUACCAGUUGAGUUUACGCCUUUUGUCAGUGAUAAGUUGGUCCAAACGGUCAAAAAAGAGCUUCACACUCCAAGUCAUCGCCAUAGGAAGACAAAUAGCUUUAGAGCUCUGCAAUUAAAACGCCUCCUCGACAAUCGUGAUGUUUUAUCGGUUAAUUCGAGGCCUUCGUGUGACAAGUUUAAAGUGACGAAACCUACAGUCAAUGUUGCAAACGUAACGCCAGCGACGACAACGACAGCAGCUGCUGGUUUCAUUCCAUCACAACUACCAACACCUUCGCGUAGUAAUAGGUCGAUAGGUAGUGCCGCUAGACAACUGGCGCUUAAGAUGGAUGCACGCAGUUCACCAAGUCCAACGAGAAUCGUCGAUAAUUUAGAUUCGAAUUACCAAUCUACUCCAUUAAACAGAUCUAGAUCAAGAUCAAUCUCCCCAGUACGCCCUGCCACACCGCCACACGGAACACAAACUUCCAAAUACCACAGGUUUUCACUAGAAUCGCCUCAAAGUCCCGUUGUGACAUCAGUUAAAAAGAGCACAUUUCAAGGUAUAAGCGCCAAGACCUCACCGACGAGAAGACCGAGUACGUCCAGUCACGGCUUAAGGAAAUGUGUUUCUUGUCAUUCUAGUGACUCACCAUGCUGGAGACCAUCGUGGUCAGGACGUAAACAAGACCAAUUGUGUAACUCAUGUGGAUUAAGGUACAAGAAGACACAUACGAGAUGUUUGAACGAAUCGUGCCGUAAAAUUCCAACAAAGGGUGAAUUGAGUAUUAUGAAGACUAAUGGUGUAUUUAAAGAGCAAAGAGAAGCUGAAGAAGUCGCAAAAGGUUACAGAUGUCUAUUUUGUAACGGUAUAACACAGACUGAAGGUCUUUUAGAAACAACGACAAUGAGAAAUGCUUGA